CGAUUUCUUUAUCUAUCUCCACGCAAUGUCUUGCUUAUAACUUGUAAUAAUUCUCACUGUAUAUUUCAAAGUUUUACAAUGGACAGUCUUCCUUACUUGUCGCUCGAUACAUAUAAUUCCAUGACAUUAAUAAAUUCAUCAGUCCAUCGAGCAUCGUCGGAAAUAAAAACUGUAAGAGCAAAGCUCGCACAUUUGAACGGCGGCGCGCACUAUUCUUUGACGAAAACUCGGACGCGACGUUACGGAAUUAAAGCCCCGCACACGCUUACAGCAGUGUCUCUCUGAACUGGCACCGACUGGGCUAACUAGGCAGAAGCCAUGUAUCGCCGUAUCGCAGUUCGGCUACGGACGCUAAGAUGAAGCGAACCUACGCGCAGAGUUGUCGCUCGUAAUGUACGAGUCUGGCCUGCGAAACUCCCGGUGAUAAUCACGUUGCUACACCUUGUCACGUGCCAAUACGCGUAGUCCCAUGCCGCACGAGAAAUUUGCUUAAACUAAUUAACAUGGAAUCUAAAAAAAGUCAAGAGUUGAAUAAUACGAGCGAGCAUAAUGUUGGGCCAGUGGAAGCCCCUCCGUCGUACUACGUGGCUGUGGGAAAUACGCCGUAUAAUCAGCCGACAGCGCCAGGGCUCGAAACAGAAAGUACAAAUCCAAGUGCCAACAGUGUUUUAUCUCGGGAUCAGUGCGCGUCACCAGGACCACCGCCUAUUUACACGGUCAGCGAUCCGAGAUUCGCGCAAGGGGACGACAGAGCCACGAGAAUAUUGAUAACGAAUCGACUGAGAAUGAACGACCAAUUCAAUCAAGCGAGGAAUCAACAGGAGAGGGAUAUCUUGUGGAAUUUGAUACUCAUAGAUCUAAUUAAUGAGGGUUACUGCAAUUUCAUACUCCACAAUGUGAUAGACUUUUGGCGUUUCCAAUAUUACAUUUACCAGAGUAUAAUAAAUGGCCUAACAAGUAAUUCAUCGAAUAACUGGCAAUUUUUAGAACCAAUGCAUAAUGUUUUCGGAAGUAGUGGUGGCUCGAACUUCACGAGCGACGUAUUGUCUUCAGACCACAAUAUUUUUCCCAGUUCCGGGCUUGACAGUCUUCCCAGUUCUAGUAUAAAUACCGAUCCCAGUAUUCUACAAAAUUCCACGGAUAUAAACCAUAGCAUGUCAUAUCUGCCCGUCCCUGUACCAUCGUUGUCUAGCAUACCUCCUGCAGAUGUUGCAACCGCGAGCGCCGUUGGGCCUAGCCUAGGAGACCACAUUAGCUCCGGAGAUGUGAUUCCAUCAGGCGACGCGACGGCGAAUUUAAUCUCGGCAAUCAACACCACAAGCAAUAACAUAGGUUCGGACGUAAUAACGAGUCAACCUAUCGAAUCUUUAGUACCAGUGUCAUUGAACGAUAUUGUAAUAACGAACCAGCCAACAAUUUCGUCUCCUCCAUUAACGGCAAACGAUACUAACCAUACAGAUGGUUGUUGCGGUGGUGACGGCGGCUGUGGCGGUGGUAACGAACACUGCUGCGGUGGUAACGACGACUGCUGCGGUGGUAAUGAUGAUUGUUGUGAUGGCGAUUGUUAUGUUGGAUGUGACGAUUGCGGAGAUUGCAAUGUAUGCGAGCUAAUCUGUUAAAGAUCAAAAAGUGAACAUUCUAUUAAGCAAUAGCAAAGUACUUUUAAAUUUUUUUUAGGCAUUUCGUUGCUUAUUGUAGUCGUGCUAUGAUGUUUUUACUCGAGAGAAAAGAAAGAUAGCAACGAUGUGACAAAACUUAGUCGCCAUGAAAGUAUUACCUCAUUUUAUUUCAAAUACUUAUAUGAAGUUAUAAGAAAUAAUUUUAUACUAUUGACACGUUUCUUAGAUGAGUUUAUUAUAUGUGUUUUGGUAUAUAUAAUUUUGGUAUAUAUAAUAUUAUUAGCAUUUUUUAUUUUAUUUAUGGAGAUUGUUUGAUCUAAAAAUAGAUUUUUAAAAUAAAGAUGAAACUACUUUAUUUACAAAAGUUUUUGCUGCGUAGUUAUUAAUUGUACGUCAAAAUCACAAUGAACAAAAUAACAUCAGAAAAGAAGUAUAACACAAUGGGUGGUUCUGCGAUCGAGAUACGAGAGAACAUCUGUAGUUACUUUCUACUGUCAAAGUGCAUCUUUAUAUUUCUCGUUUUUCGUGUAACUUCUCCUUCGAUAUUUGUUCAACAUUCAGCGCAUUUUAUUGGACAAAUUAAAAUUAGUAAACAAUUGAUACGCUCAAGUUGUAUAGAACGCGUCGUAACAUUAUUUGUUUCUGAUUGAGUUAUAGGGUAGAAAAACAAAUCAAUGAAAUUUAUAAGACAAAUUUUGAAAGUAGAUUUGUGUUUCUUUUCAGUAAAUAAUUUAGAGCUCUACAAAAAAUGCGUGAUAAUAACGAGUGGUUUUAAAUUAUUAAAAGAAAAUUUAGCUUUGCAUUUAAAAACAUGAGAUUUAACUUUCACGACAUUCUCAGUCCAUAAGUAUAAGAACUGUUAUAAUUAUUCAAGCAUCAGCUUGUCAAAUUCAGUUAAUUAAAACUCGCCAAAUGAAAGCGAGAGAAAAUAUUUGACAAAAUAAUAAGUUUAAGCCGAGUCUUAUUGUACAUGCAUUCUUAAGAUGUGGGAUUUGGUCGUGCAGAGAAACUUGGGCUUGCCGCAGCUUCUUAUGCACGUGCAUGUAGUAUACAGUAAGCAUUGUGAACUAAAGUUAGCUCACAUUACUUACGGAAACUAAAUAAUAGUGCUAUGUCACAUAAAACACUCGCGUAUUUAAGAUAGUUCCAAAUGCAAAUUCAACCGUACUGGCAAGCGAUAAAGUGCGAGCUUCGAACGACAAGGAAAAUAAGUGGUAAAAAUUAUUGUCAUACGUAGUCGUAGUUACGCAAGAUUUCUUAUCAAACGUAAGUAACGUACGUAGAUACAACCCAUAGCUUCUUAUGAUGUUCAAUGAACUUUGUUAUUUGAUCGGAAGGGGGUACGUACGGUGUAUAAAACGUGUAACGCGACACACGAUUGAAUGAAAAUGAUAAUAUUGGAAACGACGCAGAUUAUGAAUUCGAAACGUUAUACAGCGGUUUAAUUAUAAUGACAACAUUUACGACGUUUUUUAAUAAGUCCGUUGUCAAGCAUCGGCAUGAGGACAAUUUUGCAGCACAGCUUUAUUAUACACACGAAUUAUUGUACACAUUAACGUAGCGCAAGAAAUACACGCUGAUUCACGCCGCAUUACUCUGUACAAUAGUUUGUGUGCGUAAUAAAUCCGUGCACAAUUGUUCGCGUGAC